GGCACCAAUGCUGUGGUGCUGGCUGGCACAGUCGCAGCCCAGGAUAACACAGCACUGAGCGACUGCAGAUGUAGCUUGGGUCUGAGGAGGUUACCUGAGGUUUCAUGAGGUUGUGUGUGACACAGUUAACCAGUUAACUUAGGCAGCACUCUGGAGGUUACCCAACCCUCUGAAGAUGUACGGCCUGUAUUUGGAAGCAGUGAAUGAUUACAUUAAUGAAUCCUAUGGAGAAGAUGUGUGGCGACUGAUAGAGAACCGAGCGGAGAUACCCCACCUCAAGUUUGUCAGACACCAGAUGUACAAUGACAACCUGAUCCUGCGGUUGGCAAAGGCAGCAGGCGAGGUUCUGGGAAAGACACAUGAUGAGCUCAUGUACGCCUUUGGGGUCUAUAUGGUCAAGAGGAUUGGGAACUAUGGAUACGAGCGCAUCUUGAAGGUCUUGGGCCGAAAUGUGCGUGACUUCAUCAAUGAGCUGGAUAACCUGCACGAGUACUUCCGCUUCUCUUUCCCCAAGGUGCAGCCGCCAAGUUUCUGUGUGGAGGAGGAGUGUGAGACGAGCCUCACGUUGCACUACCGCAGCACCCGCAAAGGCUUCACGCAGUUUGUCAAAGGGCAGCUUUCUCAAGUGGGGCGGCAAUUCUACAACACAGAUAUCGAAGUGGAGAUCCUGUCUAAGGAGGAAACUGAGAAAAUGACGUAUGUGGUUUACAAGAUGAACUUUGACAACGCUGCCUUCAAGCACCGCAUGCCCCAGCAGAAGACUGCGCCGAGCUACGAAAAGCUGCCCAUGAAGCGAGGUAUCUUCUUCGACAUGUUCCCUUUCAGUGUCAUCUUCCGCCGUGACAUGACCAUGUACCGCAUCGGCGACGGCCUCAAAGAGGUCUUCUCCGACCUUCAGGGCAAGAAGGUCAACGAAGAGUUCACUCUGGUCAGACCCAUGCUGGAAUUCAGUUGGGACAAUAUCUACACCCAUUUGAACAACGUGUUUGAGCUGUUGUCCAAGGCUGUGGUGGAGAGCAAGCAGAAGGUCAACAUCCCAAAACUGAGCAAGGAGGAGCCUGAGGAGAAGGAGGAGAACGAGAAGGCCAAAAGAGAAGAAGAAAGGGAGCCAAAGGCAGUGGAGGAGAUGAAGGGCACGGACCAGGAGUAUAGCAGCUCUCUCACCCAGUACAACAGCUCUGCCAACUCCGGAGGCGAGGACAUUGAGCUGCUGGCCUUCCAGACUGUAACUGGAAAAUGUAGUGAAACCAUUUUUGAGGACAUGCGGGAGCCUCCGAAGAAACCACUCCAUCUGAAGGGCCAGAUGAAGUAUGUCCCCCAGUGGGACUCCCUCAUCUUCCUGGGGACACCCAUUAUAGAGACUGUGGAGGACAUGAUAAAGAUGGGUGUGUACGUGAAUGAUCUGAACCUGCAUGACUCCAGCAGAGAGCUGAUCUUGGCCGGGACCCAGCAAUCAGCUGAGCUGCAGCUGGCUCUUGAUCAGGAGCAACAAAAAUACGCUCAGCUGCAGGAAAUUAUCAAGAAGCUGGAUGAAGAGAAAAAGAGAGGAGAUUCUUUGCUGUAUGCCAUGAUCCCUAAAGCUGUGGCCGACCGCCUCAGGAAGGGAAUCACUGCUCUGGAGACAUGCCAGGUCUUUCCAGAUGUCACCAUCCUGUUCAGCGACGUGGUCAAGUUCAACGAGAUCUGCAUCCACAUCACACCCAUGCAGGUGGUGGACAUGCUCAACGAGAUCUACAUCGUCUUCGACACGCUCAGCGAGAAGCACAACGUCUACAAAGUGGAGACGAUCCGUGAUGCCUACAUGGUGGUGGCGGGCGUGCCCAACAAGACCACCUUCCAUGCGCACCAUAUCUGUGACAUGGCCCUGGACAUGCUGAGCUCCAUCGACCACCUUAAAGACCCCUCUACCGGGGAUAACAUCCAGAUCAGAGUUGGUAUCCACUCAGGUAUGGUGGUGGCUGGUGUUGUUGGUCUGAAGAUGCCUCGCUACUGUUUGUUUGGCGACACUGUGAACACAGCCUCAAGAAUGGAGAGCAACGGAGUGGGCAUGCAGAUACACAUCAGUCAGACCACCAAAGACCACCUGGAGCAUGAGCCCUAUAUCAUUGAGGAGAGGGGCAAAAUCUUUGUAAAGGGAAAAGGCUACAUGAAGACCUACUGGCUGAAAGGAAAAAAAGAUCUGUCGUUCAAGACCCCAGCAGAGCUGCGUUACAGCAGUGAACAGAAGGACGAGGACAAGAGCUCUAAUGGUUCCACAAGCACCAACGCCAAACGCAUGGCUUCCAACCUCAACAUCACCGGCAGUGAGGAGCAAGCAGAAGGGAAACCGAGCCCCAGCGACCUCCCCUUGGACAACCUGCCCACGCCAGAGGCUGCUAACGAGCCCCCCAUCAUCUCAGCUGAGUCUCAGGAGAAAGAGAAAGCCAAAAAGACUAAGAACAACAAGGGGACCAAGUUGGAGGUGCCCCAGGGAAAUGAAAUGCCGGAGUCUUUGCUGCCCGCCGAUGGACAGGAGAACCCGGGUCCUUUAUUCAACAGCAAGCGAAACAGCUUCAGGCAGCAGUACGCCAAACUGCCCGCCAACCUGCCCAUGCGCAGUGCUUCCUGCUCCAUUCUGUGAGCAGAUUAUUGUAGGGCAAGAUUACAUGACAAGCCCAAAAUGUGAAGAGAGCUGAAAAUAUGAAGUUUAAUCAGGGGCAAGACAAAGCAGACAUAUCAUAGUUACUGAUGAUUUACAGAUGUGAGAGGUACUGUAUAGGCCUGUGUGACAUUGUGAGUAAUAAAAACUGAAAACCAAAAACUACCUUUAAACAUUUCCUGCUACGUAGAGCCUUUAUGGCUCUACAUGAAUGGGCAAUUGGGCACUGUUAUCUAUAUGGACAUGUAUUUUUUUUAUUUCAAAAAUAUCAUCUGGAGAAAAGCAUGUUGUUCCUUUGGUUCCACAAGAUUGUGAUUGGUAUAGAAAUUAGAAAGUUUAUUUUUAAGUUAUCUUUCCACCAUGAAAACUGAGAAUUCACAGAUUUCACAAUACAGCUUCCUUAUAACUGUUUUUUUUUUUUUUUUUGUUAUUGAAAAAAAGGAAGUAUAAUAUCCUCUACAUACAAACAGCACAUUUGCAGAGGAACUGAGAGCUUCAAAAUUCUACUACAGUCAGUAACAAGAAUGAGUUUCUAUCUUACGUAUGCCUGGCUGUGUUACUUUAUAGCUCUGAUUCAUUUAUAAAGUCACUGUGACAGGAAUUGUGUCACAAUGCACAGUGACAACAUGCUUGGAUGUUUUGGAAAGGGGUUUCACAUGGUUUUCAUCUGAGCCAUAUACAGAAAAACUAAGUCUACUAAUGCUUCACUGAAUUCACUGAGAGCAGAUAUCAUCACAGGUUGUAUUUUAUGUUAUUUAAAGUAGGUGUAUGGUACGGCAGUAGGCAUUUGGCUAGACCUUCACAGCAUCCUCUUAACUAGUUUUGGUUAUAUUUUCUGUAUGUAACGGCAUUUGUUUCACUUUAUGAUAGUGUUUAUUUACAUUAAACUGUAUGUACAGCCACUAAAA